AUGAUGUGUUACCACUUACCACCUUCAUCGUUGCUUGCACACCCAUUACCUCGUUUUAGAAGUUUCUUUCUUUGGUUUUUCUUCCUCUAGAAACAGAAACUGGAGAUUUAAAAGAACAUUGUGCUGGAAACAGAAAAACUGUUCCUUGCCUUCGAGAAGAAAAAAGAUAAAGUUUUGUCUGAAGUUGUGCUCUGGGUUAUCAUUCUUGUAUGGGAGAUGAGCUUGAGAUUAAUGAAAGUUGAAGUUGUUCCUUUAUUGGGAAACAGAGUUUGAUUGAAGUGGGUUUUUGGUUCUUGGAUCCGUUUGUUAAGAUAAGAAUCCUCUUUGGGGUGCAGCGAAGGUUUUUUUUGUUGCAUCACAUCUGAAGAUGGAAUCCAAAGUUUUCCUCCAUUAAUGCAAUUUACUCGUUGAAGGCAGAAGAUGGAAGAUAGAAUUUUCAAUACUGAAAAAGAUUCUCAGCAUGAGGAACAUUCAUCUUGCUUGAACAACAAUAGAAAAUUUUCGAGAGAUUAUGGUUCUGAUACUUCUGAGUUUAAAAGAGAAAGGUUGGUGAGGAAGGAGAAUCCACAACAUAUGCUCACCUUGCAAAUUAAGCAGUUACAACAGAGUAGGAAAUGUGGCGAGGAUCCAUUGCUUCAAAGUAUUCACGUCUUAGGUGGCAUUAUCCCGAAACAUAUGGUGACUCUUGAUGAGAAAUAUCUUCGUCGUUGCCUGGAAUUGAUUCACAUCAGUGCAUCCAAAGCAUCACCUUGCAACAUCUCUGUGACCUAUGGCACUCGGAAUACUGGUAUUUUCUCUGGUGACUUGCAUCCUGAUAUAUACAGGAAUGAAAAUGCAAGUGAUUCGACUAGUUUUGUUUUUGAAUGUCCUUUGACUGCUGGGACUGCGAGUGUGGUCUUUAAUCCUACCAGACAAUGGAUUGUAGGCUCAAUCAUGGGUUCCAAGAGUAUGAUGAACCUAUUGAAGAGCCCUUUCUUACAGCAACUUGGUGCAUUGGAUGGCGCUGAUCUUGAAAGUAGGAGCUUGAAUGAUCUUAAAGAUUUUGCAUCUUACAAUUUCAUGGGCACUCCAGAUUCUUUAAGUAAUUACUCGAUGCACAAGCUAGAGAAGGACUCGCCGAAUUUGUAUAACCAUAAAUAUGAGUCCAAGACUUUGGAUGACAGGCUUCUUUCUAUGUCGAGUACAAACUCUUCCUGUUAUGAUUAUUCUUCUUCUACUUCUGUCUCUAUCGUUCAAAGCAUGCUCCACUGCACAUGGAAAGCUGGUAUUCCACGUUUUGUUUUCUCCCUGGACGAUCGGAAAGAGGUUUAUAUGGCUGACUUAUGUAAAGUUGAGUCAGCUGAUGACAAGUCCCUGGAUUAUAUGUACUUGUUCUACUCAAGAAGGAGUGACCAAAAGGAACACGACAUUUGUGAUAAAGAAUCUCGUCUGGUUGGCAAGAUGAGGGUAUCGACUUCUUUCACCAUAUGUCCAAACAACUCCAGACUCCUAGAGACUGAGUUCGUUUUGUUUGCCGGCUCAGAAAACUUAGGAGGAGAGAUGCAAGCUUCAAGCCAUAGCCUUAGGAAUAAGGGGCUGUCGAAGAAGGUGGUGGAAGUGUUCAGGCCCAGCCAUUCAUCAAAGCAGAGAUCUAUGUCAAGAUUUGGUGGAUCCAGCACCAUACUGGAAAACUGUUCUUGGGAGCAACACCAUGAUACAGACAAUAAUUUUGAUUUAUCCAGUGGGGCUAAUAUCCCCGAAAAUUCUUUUCCACCAAAUCUUGAAUUGUCUGCCAUUGUCGUGAAAGAUCAUCUUCCUGAUAAUUGUCAGGAGAAAAUUGGAGGUUGGGGAUUGAAAUUUCUCAAGAAAGUAGGAGCUCGGCAAAUUACUGAUACUAAUGAAGCCUUGGUUUCUGUUGCUUGUGCUAGAGAUGGUGGUGAUUGUUCAACGAGUAUGUCAGUUGUAAUUCCAUCUGGUCUUCACGGAGGGCCAAGGACCAGAAAUGGUGGUCCUUAUGGUCUUCUCGAAAGAUGGAGAUCUGGUGGAAAGUGUGACUGUGGCGGUUGGGAUCUAGGAUGUCCAUUGAGGGUAUUUAAUGCCAAACAAAGAAAAGCGGAAAUUGUUCCCCACGCUGAUACAGAGGGAGAGUGCAAGUUAGUUGAUUUAUUCCUACAGGGUUCAGAGCAUGAUUCUCCCACCUUGAGGAUGGUGAAUGUCCAUGAUGGGUUGUAUUGUAUUCAUUUUCAAUCAACAGUAUCAGCUCUACAGUCUUUCUCUGUUGCGGUGGCAUUUAUCCAUACACAGAGUCCCACCCUACAUCCCAAAACUGUACAGGAUUCGAAGUAGCAGCAUAUUCUUUGUUGAAUAUUUAGUGCUGUGACUGUUACUUUAUAACUUUAUCUGUAGGUUGAAACUGAAGUAUCUAUACAUGCAUAGUGUUGUAGGUUGUUUUGAGACGGUGGUGUUUUUUUUUUUUUUGGCUUUUUUGUUUAGUUUGAGCUUACUAUCUCAUUGUAGGUUAAUUGGUACUUGCUAUUGAUUGGGUGUUUUUCAGCCUGAGAGUUUUUGUAAAAAUUUAUUGUAAUCUGCUCCAUUUUGAUUGACUGUAAAACCUUUGAUAAAGGGCAUUUGAUAUUGAACCAUCUUGAUAUCCAUUAUUAGAUUGUUUGUAACAAUUUCUCUUUCUAAAGCCAUUUUGGCCGUGCAAAGAUAAGUUUUGGUUAAAGAGGAUCCAGGUUACUUAUCUUUGCGUAAACCCAAUUAUUGCGCCAUUACAUUUGAGUAUAUACAAUGAGUAUGCAGUUUUUCCCUUUUUGUCUCAAAUUUAAGAACUAGUUGAUGAUUAGAAAGAUUUGGAAAUAGUGUUGGGCUAUUGUUUCCACAUCUCAUAAAAAUGAAUGUAGCAUGAUAUACUUUGCUAACGACUUUGAAAAUUGUUCUUUUUCUCACUCAUGGCUGACAAAGACAUUAGUUAUGAAUGUUCAAACAGUUUGUAGUAGCUCAGAUUUUCCUGCUGCUAAUAAUGUUUUGUUGUAGUGGAUGCCGAAAGUUAUCAAUUUCUAUCUCCUCAAUGUGUUCCUUUGCAUUUGUGUCUAUAAGUGUUUUUUGUAUGUCCAUGUGAGAGAGAGAAGGGGGUGCUUGGGGGGGGGGGGGGGUGAGGUACUGUUGGAAGCAAUGAGGCUCAUAGUUUUCCUUGCUCCUGUUUUGGAGCUUUGACUUGUAUGGACGUGUUCAGUUCUGCUGUUCGAAUUCAAUGCUUGGCAAUAAUAAUCUGCCUCCAGCUGGUGGGGGAGACGCAUAUAUUUUGACAUUUCUCUAUCAACAUCUACUCGACAGCCGGAACUGAGAUUUUGCAGUGGCGCUUUCCAUCAUUGCUGUUCAUUUGCAUGCCGUUUGAACUUUAUGCAAAACACUAUGGUAUGUUCGUGUAAUUGUAUUGCAACUUUUAUUCUUUUGUCCUGCUGCUAUAAUUAUUGUGUUCCCUCCCAUUUGUGACGGCAUUACUCUAUCAUGUCUUACUUUGGCAUACCAUUGUUUGAACUUUUAAAUGGCCAAAUGUAACAUGUUUAGCUUAAAAUCAUAGAUUUGGAAAGCAUUGUCCUGCUGCUUAUCGCCCGAUGAAUGACCUUGUGACCAACUGCAAUUCCACAUGUAAGGUAACCCUUUUUUCCGCCCUUAAAUGUUUUAAUGAACAAAAUUGGCGGUCUCUAUAUGCCCUAUGCGUAGACAGUUUUUUUUUCUUUCUUUCUUUCUUUCUUUCUUUCUAGGUACGCGGAAGAAACCUUCUUUGUUGGUCAGUAGCAGGACUUGGACUUGGUGAAGAUGAUAAAUCAGGUAAGUUAUUUGUCUAUUCUGAACUCCUGCGAUGGUUUUUUAGGCAUGAGGGGCCUGAAAG